AUGUCUGAGCCUUUAACCCCUCCUCACUGUGAACCUGAUGAUGUUCUUGAUUUAGAUAAUUUAAAAGAAUUGGAUGAGAGAGACAUUGAUGACCUUAAUUUAAACCCUGAAUUGGAAAAUAGCGAUAUUGAAAUUGCCACUAAUUACGCUAAUAACACUCCUUUGUAUAAACGGAAAUAUUUAGAUGAAGAUGAUGACCAAAGACAGGAGAAUAGAUUCGAUAAUGUGGAUGAUUUUAAACCAAGGAUUAAUGUAAAUUCACCAUUUUCAUCGUCAAAAAAAAUUGGCUUGUCACCAUUAAAUAGUAACGAUACAAACUCAAUUAAUCAAGAAUCUGGAAAAGAGAAACCAAUUAUUAGGACAAGAAGAUUGUCUGCCUCACAACAAUCAAAAUUUAUUGUAUAUUGUGAUGACAAACUAAUGGAUAUUCAAAGAAAAUUUGUUCAAUCAAGGGGCUUGAGUGUCGAAAAUGGUUAUUCAAAUCUGAUUCCUUUGUUUGAAGAUAUUAAAUCUUUAAUUGAUUUUAUUUGGUACUCAAUUGAUGGCCUUUCGAAUACAGAAUUGCUUUUGAAUGAAACAGAAGUUGAUUUGGAUAAUGCAGAAGUAGAAAAUUCAAAUUUACCUACAAAUUCUAAAAUUUCAACAUAUUUUGGUCAAACUUCCUAUUUAUUAAAAAUAUCGGAUGAUUUAAUAGAUUAUUUGGAAAAAUUUGACAUUAAAGAUUUAUCGUCUGAUGAACAAAAUCAUAUUUUAUCAAAAUUAUUUAAAUUGUUGUUUAUACUUGAUAAGAUAUUUGCCAAAUUAAUUAUUGGAUCUAUCCCAGGCAAUUCAAAGAUGAGUGGAACUGACAUUGUUAGAUUUUGUGGUAUUGCAGAGCGUACAAGAGUUAGACUACCUUGGUAUUUAGAACAGCAAGGAGUCCAUGGUUAUCAUUAUGAAGUUAGUAGAAUCUACCAGAAUAGUCUAGAAAGGUGUGGGGUGUGA